UCUUCUCUGGGUGUGUGUGUGUGUGCAGGGCGAUGCGAUGAGGUUCACGUUCCGUUCGGACGAGCGUAUGCUCAUAACCAUCCCCCUGGGCAGCUUGCGUCAGACCCGCUCAGGUCACUUGAUGCCGGAGAAGUUCAGCUGCGUCUUCAAAGACACGUACAAGGUCUUCCAACGCGGCCAACCCAAAGCACUCGGGACACCUGCGUACAAGGUCUUCCAACGCGGCCAACCCAAAGCACUCGGGGUGUGUCAGCUGAUGGUGGGUGUGUUUGUCAUCAGUAUGGGAGUUCUACUGUCCCAGAACGCCACACACACAGAUCCAAACACACACACACACACACCGGACAUCAGCCCUCUACUGUACACCCUGCCCAGCAUACUGUUCAUCAUGUCUGGAAUGUUGUCAUUCGCUGCGGGACACACACCACAUAUGGGCAUGAUGAAGUUGUCGUUUGCCUGUAACAUCGUCUGCAUCUUCUGGGCCAUAGCAGCUGUUGUCCUGUGUGCACUCGCGUACGGACCACAGGAGCCGCCCCAUAGUCUGGGCCUGAUGGUGUGUGUGUGUGUGCUGUUGGCUGGAGAGAUGCUGGUCGCCGUGGUGAUGGUGUACUGGCAGAGCAAAGCGGUGUGUCGAGAUCACUUCAACAUUCUGCCCACGAUCACCCUGAAGCAGGAGACCUGAGAAUCAACAAUCAAGCCUGUGUCUCACACACACACACACACACACACACACACACACACACACACACACACACACACACACACACACACACACACACACACACACACACACACACACACACACACACACACAGUGGCCAGGUGUGCGGACGUACGCACCAGACGGCAAGAGAUGUUUUUUUUUUAUGUUUUUAUGUAUUAUGUCUAUUAUGCUUUCUAUGCAACAGGUUAUGUUUUUUUUUAUGUAUUAUGUCUAUUGUGCUUUCUAUGCUAUUCAGAUUCUGUUUUGUGAAUAAAGAGUGCUUA